AUGGUCAACUUCGUCCUCGGCGCCGUCGCCACCCUGGCCGCUGUGGCCCCCCUCGCCGCCGCCGCACCCGCCGCAACUCCGGCCCCCGAGAUCUUCUCCUUCGCCAAGUGGGUCGACGGCGUCAUCGCCAACCCACACGGCGACAACCUCACGCCCGAGGAGGCUGUCGAGGCGUACUAUAAGUCCGUCAACGCCUCCGAGGCGGCUGCCUUGGACUGGGACUACGGUCGCGCCCGCAAGCGUGACGAUGCCACUGAGGGAGCUACCCCGGACUGGGAUUAUGGCAAGCGUGACGAGGUCCCUGAGGCAGCUACCCCUGACUGGGACUAUGGCCGCGUUCGCAAGCGUGCCACGUGCAACACCAUCGCCGGCACGCAGGCUUCGGUCGCCGACGCCGUUUCUUGCAUCAACUACCUCGCCGGCCUCGGCAGUACAUCGUGCGUGGUCUCCAACGCGAAGAGCCACUUCUGCACCAUCGGCAACGCGCAGAUCACGGGCGUCACUUCGGGCAGCAUUCCCGCGGCCUCUUCCUGCAAUGAUGUCGCGCGUGGUGCUGGCUAUAUCAUGGACGCGUGCACUCUGAAGGACAAUACUGUCCAGGGUUCUGAGUUCGCGUACGGCAACGGGGAUCUCCUCGUCUGGAUCCGCAAGCCUGAGUAA